CCAUUCAUACGGGUCAUACCUCAAAAACCCUUCUCUCAUAUCUCUCACCAAAACACACACAAAAUCCCACUCUGUAAAACCUCAACAAAAAUGGGAACUUCAAGAAUCCUAACACUCUCAUUCUCCCUCUUAUCCUUACCAAAACCUCACCAUCCUUCUUUAAGGCUUUUUAAACCCCUUAGAACACUCACCACAGCCGCCUUCACAACCACAACAAACACACCCAUAACAGAUGAUGAACCACCAUCAUUAGAAUCAUCAAAGCAUUCCAUCCUUCUUGAACGCCUAAGAAUAAGACACCUUAAAGAUUCAAUACCCAUUAAGCCAAAUGCUAAAAAGCAACAGUCUUUAUUGGUGGGUUUUGAAAAUGAUGAAGUGGGUAGUGGUCAAAAAAUCAAGAAAAAUGAUAAAGUUUUGAGCUUUUUGGAAUUGGGAUUGAGUGAAGAGGUUUUAGGGGCUUUAAGUGAAAUGGGUAUUAGUGUUCCUACUGAGAUUCAGUGUUUGGGGAUACCUAAUGUGCUUGAAGGAAAAAGUGUUGUUUUAGGGUCUCAUACUGGUUCUGGUAAAACACUUGCUUAUUUGUUGCCUCUUGUUCAGUUGUUAAGACAGGACGAGGCAGUAAAUGGCAUGGUAAUGAAGCCCAGGCGUCCACGUGCUGUUGUCCUUUGCCCAACAAGGGAGUUAUGUGAACAGGUAUUUGGUGUUGCAAAGUCAAUUAGUCAUCAUGCUCGAUUCAGGUCAACAAUGGUUAGUGGUGGUGGGCGUAUAAGACCCCAAGAAGAUGCAUUAAAUUCACCAAUCGACAUGGUGGUAGGAACACCUGGCAGGGUUCUGCAACAUAUUGAAGAGGGGAACUUGGUGUAUGGUGAUAUCAAAUAUCUGGUGUUGGAUGAGGCUGACACGAUGUUUGAUCGAGGAUUUGGUCCGGAUAUCCGCAAGUUUCUUGGCCCAUUGAAAAAUCGUGCACUAAAGGCAGAUGGUCUUGGGUUUCAAACUGUUUUGGUGUCUGCGACAAUGACAAAUGCUGUGCAGAACCUAGUUAAUGAGGAGUUUCAAGGAAUUGAACAUCUUCGCACUUCAACUCUGCAUAAAAAGGUUGCUUCUGCUCGCCAUGAUUUUAUCAAGCUUUCAGGUGCAGAAAAUAAGUUGGAAGCAUUGCUGCAGGUUCUUGAGCCAAGUUUAGCCAAGGGCAAUCGGGUAAUGGUGUUUUGUAAUACAUUGAAUUCCAGCCGUGCUGUCGAUCAUUUUCUUGGUGAAAACCAACUAGCUACUGUUAACUAUCAUGGCGAGGUGCCUGCGGUUGAAAGGGUUGAAAACCUCAAAAAGUUCAAAAGUGAUGAUGGAGAUUGCCCCACACUCGUAUGUACAGACUUGGCGGCGCGGGGAUUGGACUUGGAUGUUGAUCAUGUUAUUAUGUUUGAUUUUCCCUUGAACUCUAUUGACUAUCUUCAUCGGACUGGAAGGACUGCUCGCAUGGGUGCAAAAGGAAAGGUGACGAGUCUAAUUACUAAAAAAGAUCUCACUCUAGCAAACCUUGUUGAGGAGGCCAUGAGGAAAAAUGAGAGCCUAGAGUCUCUCAGUCUGGUUGACUAUCAAAGAAAUGGUGGCAGGCCAAAACUGCAAGACCAUAAAGGAAAGGGUAAAAAGCCGAUGAAGGUGGCCGAUCAGAAAAACAAUAAAACUUAUUCAGCCGCGAAAUCACCCUCCAAAAGAAGCCCAUCGGUACCUAAGUCUAGUAAAGCAGUACCCUAUUCCAAACCUCCAACCAAAAGAAGCUCAUCAGGGACCAAAUCCAGUAAAGUACCCUCCUUUUCCAAAUCUAAGAAAUCAACGGGUAGUGUUUCCACCAAACCGUUUUCGAAACCGAAUAGCGCUAAAAAACCUAUAGCGAAAGUUGGAGCUAAAACUCGCACAGUUGGCCAAAAAUCAAGUGGCCCGAAAUCUACAUUAAAGCUAAAUGUUGUUGGAUUUAGAGGGCGGAGUGCCUCAUCUGCUUCAACGAGGGCUGGUUGAUCCUCACAUUAUUAUGGUAAGAGCAAGAAGUCUCGGUUUCUGAGGAGCAAUAUUUCCUUCAGAGUCGUAAAUUAUGACCCCUGAGAAAUCUGGUAGUUGACACUUGCCACCCAUGAGUAUAUUCUUUUGCCAAACGGAUUCUUCUUCAUCUUCUUCGUCGUCACUCUGAAACACGUGAGUCAUCCUUCCGUUGUUUAUUUCUAUAACAGGCUCUUCAAAAUCAUAACUAUAGCAAGCUUUCAAACGGUGAACCCAUUUCCGUGAAUGACCAGCACACAUGAACAAAGUCAAAGCACAAAAGAAAACUGAGCCAAUGGCUAAGCUGAAGUGUGAUACCCCCGUCAGUUGAUGCACUGGAAGUGGUCGAGCCAUUGAUCGUCUUUUUUAUAUAUAUAUAUAAUGCUUUUGUAGUUCUUGGUAUUAAAGGUUGUGCAUGGCAAGCUUCAUGUUAUAUAGAGUUGUUUUGUGGGGUGGGUGGGUUUAGACUUUUAGAGGGUUUGUUAAGGUUAUAUGGGUUCAGGUGGAAACUAUCAAAAGUCUACUGGUAGUAUUUUGUGGAUUUGGUGGCUGACUGGAAAUUGGAAUCUGUUAUAAUUUGAUUUUGUGCAUAUGUUUUUUAUAUAAUAAUAUUAUAUCUGAAUGUAAAUAAAUAGUAACAUCA